CUUCACCACAAAUUUUAUUGAUCAUAAGUGCUUCAAGUAGUACGUUGAAGGAGAAGACCAUAUCAGCAUCGAUGAAAACCAUAUCGUAACAAUAAGUAUAAUUUGUUGGCAAGAACCGCUAAUACAAGAUUAGAAUCCAUGUUCAAGAGAUUCCAGGUUUUUUGUGCUAAACACGCGUCGUCAACCAGUCAACCACUCCGUAUACUUUAUUUAGAGAUAAUUAUGGGUGAUCGGUCGACUUUUCAUAGAAAAAGGUGGAAAGUGAAGAAGGUUGUCAAACACGAUGAGCCAUAUCGAGAUGAAACAAAUCACACUCCCAGUAAUCUCGAUAUUGGUUGGAAUGCAAAUAUUCCAUAUUAUGGAUGGAGACUAUACUUUCGUGAUAAAGAGUAUAAAGCUGAUUGCGUCGCUGCGAAGCAGGUUGAAGCAGUAGAGACGUUUAUAGAGAGGCAUCAGACUCUGUCUUCACUGUUUACAAUGGCAAAUUUGGAGGCAGGGAUGUAUUUUGACAUUGAUGUAUGUGCACUGUACGAUGACGGCAGGUUUUUGAAACAAUGGCCAAAUUUUAAAGACGAUUUAUAUGAGAAUCCAACAGAUACAUUGAACUGCAUAAAACUUGGUAUUUAUCAGAAAAUUUUGAAAACAUUGCCAGAAGAAAAGCUGAAAUAUGUUUUAAAUUCGAUCAGUAGCUUACCAACAAUCAAAUUGGGUAUAUUAAAUUAUGAGCCGACGAUAUAUUUACGAGAUCUUAAGUUGAAUUAUUAUGAGAAAUUGGUAUCCACUAGAGGCUGCGUAAUAAGAGUUGGUAGAGUGAAGUAUCUCGUACAAUGGAUGGUGUUUGCCUGUUUCAAGUGUCGUUUGCAAAAAUUGGUCAGACAAUCGCAAGAAAUAUACACGUUGCCGAAAAAAUGUGACGUUUGCGGUACGGUAUCGAAGUUUCAUCCAGUGUUGGAUUCACCCGGCGUGAAAAGCAUUCCAUUUCAAAUAAUAAGAAUACAGGAACCGUUGAAUGAUGAGCAGGAAAAUAAAGGUAGAGUACCAAAAGUACUCGAUGUCGAACUUAUGGAUGAUCUAGUUAAUGUUUGUAUGCCUGGCGAUGACAUAACGUUGACAGGCGUUAUUAAGGUACAAGGAGUCAAUGGUGGCGCGACUAAAGUACAAGCUGGCACUCCAUUUUCUUUAUACAUGAAAGCGAUAACGGUCGUCAAUAACAAGCACAGAUGUCAAAAUAAAAAUUCUAUGAACAAUGAAAUUUCUCUGAAAAGCUAUUUAGCUAUACAGGAUAUAUAUAAAGAACCCAAUCUUUUCGCAUUAUUGGUGCACUCGUUGUGCCCUAGCAUAUACGGCCAUGAGAUGAUCAAAGCUGGAUUGAUUUUGAGUUUAUUCGGAGGCAAUGCGAAGCGUGCACAAUCGAGAGACGAUAUACACAUUUUGUUAGUUGGUGAUCCCGGUCUUGGUAAAUCGCAAAUGUUACAGGCGUGCGCUCGGAUAUCCACGAAAGGUGUAUAUAUUUGUGGCAAUUCAAGCACGUCCUCCGGAUUAACGGUAACACUUACAAAGGAAACGGGAUCGAACGACUUUGCUUUAGAACCUGGUGCUCUAGUUUUAGCGGAUCAAGGCUGCUGUUGUAUCGAUGAGUUUGAUAAAAUGUGUCCUCAACAUCAGGCGUUAUUAGAAUCGAUGGAGCAACAAAGCGUUACGGUCGCAAAGUCAGGCUUGAUAUGUUCCCUUCCUGCACGGACUUCGAUCCUUGCGGCAGCUAAUCCCAUCGGGGGACAGUACGAUAACAGUAAAACAGUAACUGAAAACCUAAAUAUCAGUCAGCCUAUCCUCUCGCGAUUUGAUUUAAUUUUUCUGUUAGUGGAUAAACCGGACGAGCACUUUGAUAGUCUGUUAUGCAACCAUAUUAUGACUGUUCACACGAAUUCACACGCCAAUUCCAAUGGAAAAGUCAUGGGGAAGCUAUCUCCCGACAAUGAAUGUUUUUUAAAGGAAAGACUUACGUUACCAUUGUCCACUGAGAUUAUACCGCAGACAAUUCUCCGGACUUACAUUUCUUAUGCACGGCAAUACGUGAAUCCUAAGUUGUCAGUCGAAGCCGCAGCAGUGUUGCAGAAUUAUUACUUGGAGCUACGCUCGAAGAAUAAACAAUUCAGCAGUAUACCAAUAUUCAACAGACAAUUAGAAGCCAUGAUUCGAUUAACCGAGGCUAGAGCAAAACUGGAAUUACGGGUUGAGGCAACUAAAUCAGACGCGUUGGACGUGAUAGAUAUAUUGCAAUAUGCGAUGAUAGACAAGUCGGAGAAUUAUGUAAGGUCGAAAUUAAAUUCCGAUGGUAAAUUAACAAAUACAAAGAUAAAGGCUUUUUUAAAAGUACUGGAAAGGAAAGUACUUAUGGACAAAAAACAAACAUUUUCUAUAAAAGAAUUAAAGGCACUCGCGGUAUCGGAAACUAUUACGAUAAAUGAUUUUGCUGGCUUAAUCUCAAAAUUGAAUGAACAGGGUGUAUUAUUAAAAAGUAGUAGCAAUACGUAUAAAUUUAUUUAUUAAACUUCAUAAUCGUAUAUAUACAUAUGAGAUAUUCGCGCAAAUAUAUAUUUUCAUAUUAAUUGUGUAAAAAUAUAAAAAUAAUAUAAAUAUAAAAUAAUAUAAAUAUAAUUCUAGUGACCAGUGACGUCUAGUGACAUAUGUCAUAUUUUUAUUUUAAGCAUAUUUUUAUUUCUGCUAUUUAUAUCCUCAAUUUGUUAAUUGUAGAAUUUUUUACGUACCUCAAGUUUGAUUUCAAAAUAAAAAGAAAGCGGUUAGCUAAAUUUUAGAACUGCUAGAAGUAACAUUCUCAAACAAGUAUAAUAAUUUAAUCGAGAAGGUUUAUCAGUUUCUGGAGUCGUAGUUUUGUUUUAUUUCAUGUAAAUCGAACGUAGUGCAUGCGAUGCAACGCGGUUGCUAGGAAACCCAAUGUUCCGAUAAAUUGACAGUUAUGGUCCACAUAAAUUUUUCAAUUGACAAUUUAACGUAUUAAAUGAUCACAAAAUAACUAAAUUUGCCGUAUACACUGACAAUAAAGAUGAGAGCACAGAGCACGUGACAAAAUAAACGAAAAAACUA